CCAAAACCAUCCUACUACUACUACACAAACCACACUUUCAAUCGCUCCUCUUCUAAGCUCCUCUCUUCCUAAAAAGGCUCAAAUCCUUGAAAUGGCCGCUAGAAUUUUAUCGCCUGCUUGCCUACUUUUCUUCAUUCUCUGCCACCUACACUUGCAUGGUACUUCGGCUGAUUACGGAGGUUGGCAGAGCGCUCACGCCACUUUCUAUGGUGGCGGAGACGCAUCAGGAACAAUGGGAGGUGCAUGUGGGUAUGGAAAUUUGUACAGUCAAGGGUAUGGGACAAACACUGCAGCACUAAGCACAGCCUUGUUCAACAAUGGCCUAACCUGCGGGGCAUGUUACGAGAUGCGUUGCGACAACGAUCCCAGAUGGUGCAAGGGAGGCAUCAUCACCGUCACUGCCACAAACUUUUGCCCACCUAACUUUGCUCAGCCAAACGACAACGGUGGCUGGUGCAAUCCCCCCCUCCAGCACUUUGACCUGGCAGAGCCUGCUUUCUUGCAAAUUGCUCAAUACCGUGCCGGAAUUGUGCCCGUGGCUUUCAGAAGAGUGCCUUGUGUAAAGAAAGGAGGAAUACGAUUCACCAUCAAUGGGCACUCCUACUUCAACCUGGUUCUGAUCAGCAAUGUUGCAGGGGCAGGGGAUGUUCAUUCGGUGAAAAUCAAGGGGUCGAGAACAGGGUGGCAAGCUAUGUCAAGAAACUGGGGCCAGAAUUGGCAGAGCAAUUCAUACCUCAAUGGCCAAACCCUGUCCUUUCAAGUAACAACCAGUGACGGUAGAACCGUGACAAGCUACAACGCGGUCCCGGGAAAUUGGCAGUUUGGCCAGACUUUCCAAGGGGGUCAGUUCUAAAGCUCUAGAGUGAUGGAUUUUCAAUCCAAGGUAUUGAUCAUUUGAGACAAAAUAUGUACAUUUAAAUUUCAAUUUUACACUUGUAUAAGCAGGAGUGGGUAGUACAAAUCUGGGGAAAGUAGCCUUCUAUAGCCGAGGUAGCUAAGUAGCACCCGCUGGGCUUUUCAUGCUAGUGUUAUUGUUGCCACUGAUAGCUUGAGAUUAUAUGCAAUAAUGGAUUCAAAGUGUUAUAUAGUUUCAGAUA